GAGUAAAUUCCUCCUAGUUCGGAUGUAGUUCGCGUAACACGUUCGAAGUUGUUGGCAUCAACGAUUCUCGCUCUAAAACUGCGAAAUGCUCUCAUGUUAAACCCGAACCUGCUAGCAACUGAACCUCGCUUAAAUGUCAUUCACAACUGAACGCUUACGUCAGUCCGUUCUCAGAGAGUUCGGAAGGGUCUUCUCUCUGUUGCCAGGGCAGAAGAUUCUUCUUGUGGAUGCACAGCUGUUGAAAGCAAUCGACCGUGUGGCCAGCAUGUCCAUUUUAAGACAGUUGUCGGUCACAAAGGUGUUUAAAAUUGCCGAAAGUCCUCCGAAGGCGGACUAUGAGAGGAUUGCUUAUAUGGUCCCACCAGAGUUUAGCUCAUGCUUAUCGGUAAUUAAACAUUGUGAAGUGGAUCAAUCGAAUAAUAUCAAACGAACGAGAUUGAUAAUAUUUGUUCCCAAAGAGACUGUAGCAGUGACCUAUCUUUUGGAAUCUCGAGGUUUUCUUGGUCGACAUUUAUGUACCACAAAUUUAUCACUCAGUUGGAUUCAAUUAGAUACAGAUUUGUUAACAUUGAAUUUGCCGACGCUAUUUUCAGACUACUAUUUAUACAAAGAUUAUUGUUGGCCUCAUUAUAUGGGCAUGGAGUUGGGACGUUUGCUUAAAUUAACGAGUGAAAGUGAUUUAGCUCCCAUGGGUUGUCGAAUUCAUGCUUUCGGAGAGGCGUCCCAUGUGGUUGCUGCUGGUAUUCGUUUAUACUGUAUUCAGUCAGGUCUGGUCAGUUUGGAUAGAAAGGUUUCAACUGUUAAUGGUACCCAGCCAAAUUAUCGAAGUAAUGUAUCUGUUUCUGAUGAAAGUGUCUUAACUCCUACCAGCUCAUUAAAAAUUCUGGGCUCACAAUCAUCAUCUACAUCAUUGUCAACUACUUCUGCACGUCCACCACCUUUGGUUCUUGUAUUCAGUCGUGAUCUGGAUUACGUAACUCCCCUUUUGGUCCCAAUGACAUUUGAAGCUCUGAUUCACGAAGUUGUUGGGAUAGAAUUAGGUCAAGUUGAAUUACCUCCAGAAUGUGCUGAUGAAUCGACCCCACAAAAACAAAUUCUUGAUAGCACAAAACUACACUACUACAAAGAUAUUAGAGAUGUCCAUAUAUCUCGUGUUCAUUCAUUACUUCUGGAUUGGCGUGGUAAACUUCAAGAUUCACGUGGUGAUUUAGAAAUGCAAUUGGUUAGUCAAAAAUCUGUUGUUCAGCAUAAACAGCAUUCUAGUUCAAACUCAAUUCAGACUACUAGUACUAUUAAUAACACCUGUAAUUUGCGGAAUAUUAGUACACGUCUAGGUCCAUUUUUAGCUAAAAGACGUGAAUUGUCAUUUCUGUUAGCAUGUUUAGAACAAGUAUUAUGUGCAAUGACAAUUAAAGAACGUGUGGAAGAUCUACGUACAGCACAAAGUUUAUUAUUACAAUCCGGUAGCGGGGGAUCUCUUGCAAUUGGUCAAGUUGGAAUUCCCUCUAUUGAUGAUGAAAAUGAUGAUGGUGACUCUAAUGCUCCUGAUCGUAACCGAAAAUUUACUCCAGUUUCAAUUGGUGGUUCAUGUGGUAAUUUAGCAGAUGUUUUAAAUUCCUUACCUAUGCGUUUAGCUAUCGAAUGGUUGACUACACACCAUGGUGAUCAUCUGAUUGAUGGGCUCCGUCUGGUUGCAUUGAAUUGUGUUUUACAUGAUGGCUUAGGUGAUGAAUUAUACGAGGUAAUGAGUCGCGCCAUAAUACAUGCUGCUGGUCAAAUCACCUUCCCUAUGCUUGAAGCGUUAUCCUCACUUGGGUUAUUAUAUCCCCGUUCUAAACUCCCGGAAAUAUCAUCUGCAAAAAAAUCUGUUACAAACAAUCAUCCAACUGACCCACAAUCAAGCAUGUUUGUGGCGCAAACAAAUAACUUAACAAAAAAGUCCAGUCAUACACUAACUCAUACUGUUGCCAAGCUAAAAUUAACACAACGACAAAAAUCUCGUUACAAUUAUCUACAUCAUUUGUUACAAUUGAGCAAUUGGAAUCAGGCCAAUCGACAUGUUGAUCGUACGGUUAUUUCACCUACAUAUGUUUAUUCUGGUCAACAUUGUCCCUUAGUUGUUCGGCUUUUAGAGUCUGUUUGGUCAGCUGGUCUUCUAGAUUCUAAAUUUCAAUCUGUUAAAUCAAACUCUUCUUCUGCAGAGCAAAAUCAUUCAGACUUUGAACUAAUUGCCCAGCCACAAUUAAUCGAAGCACUUAAACGAAUGGGUCUUCCAUCUGAAGGUAUGUUUCUCCUUAUAGUGUCAAUUACAAAGAGGAAGUUCCUUGAUAUUUUGUAAGCCUUAUAUUUUUAACUAAUUAGAUUAGAAAUCAAUAUUUUAAAACUGUCAAGUGAUAACUAAAAUAAAAACAAACUUUCUACAUCAACCUUUGAUUUGUACUGUUAUGGCAGUUUGAAUAAUUUAAUUGAAACACUUUAUUUUGCGGUUAGGGCAAUCAAAAUAAAUUUUACAAUUAUUUUUCAUUGUUAUUUUCGGUUUGGGCGCCCGGGUAGUGUAACAGUCCUCACAAAAAUAUAUGAUAACUAUGUGACCCAUAUGCAUUUGGUGCCCUCUUGUACCAAUGUUUAUGUAAUAUAUAUGUUGAGAGUUUUAUUUUUACUAAACAAUAAAUCUUCAUAGUCAUAGGUUAGACGAUGUCAUUUCACAUUUCUGCUAGUCAGUAGCACAAGAUUUAUGAAGUGACAAUUGCAUUAGUCAAUAAUUCAUGUAUCAUCAUCAGUACAAAUCCAUUCUUACUAUAUCAUUUUGUUGAAUCAGAUCAAUAAAGCAAAUUGAAUUUGUAUGAAACAUUUUUUGCUUUGCGUUUAUAAACAGUUCUAUUGCCUAUUACUAUCAACUAGAAAACUCUGUAUAGAGAUAUACAAUAUCAUGUAUAUCACACUAAAAUUCUUUCAUCAGUUCAAUCAGUUAGCUUCUAUUGGUUUUAUAUUUAACUAUUUAUGGCUAACGAUAGCUUGACAUAAAUAUAAAGUUAGUAUUAUUAUUCUAUGCUAACCAUUGCUUUUUACUCUCCACCUCUCCACACAGAAAGACUAAUUUGUAUCCCAUUGUCUUUAGUAGUAUGGGACUCCUCAGCAGUACGCACCCACGGUCCCGCACGCAGGACUCGGACCCAGAACAUCGGUUUCUUGAACGAACAUUUCACCUCUAGACCACUGAGCUGGCAUUCAUUUGUGUUAUUGUCUAACUUCAAUCAAUCCAUGAUCUUGCAUAACCCUUCAUCCCUUGUUUGAGAUGGAUAACUGUCUCACACCCGUUACAGAUUGGACUUCAGUGGUCACGGUUUCUCUCUAGAAUUCCAGGAAAUCCAUCUUGAAGCUAGUCACUUUUGAGAAGAAGAUUAUUAUUAGUACGGGUAUUUAUGGAAAUCGUAGUAUUUUUACGGCUUAAUUCACUAGUCGAUAAUGGGUUGUGCAAGAUCAUGAAUCGAUAGAAGUUAGAUAUUAACACCGUUAGAUGUGAUCUCAGCGAUCUAAAGGUGAAGUGUACGCCCACGAAACCGAAGGUCCUGGGUUCAUAUCCUGUGUACGGAAUUGCAGUUGCUCACUAGGACAAUACGGUCGUCCAAUGCUUCCAGGUUUCCAGUGGUGAUCUAACUUGACUCGUAACUUCAUCUGUGAAAAAACAAAGAAUAUUUUAAUCAUUUUUCAUCUGUUUACUUAUUUUAUAAGAAGUUAUAAUUUUUAUGUAUUUGAAAUGAAAUAAAAACAGCAUGUAACUGUUUAUUAAAUCUCUAGUGAUUCUUUACUUGAUUUGGUUCUAUAAGUGAGUAUAUUGUGAAGUUACUUAUAACUUGUUAAAAUAGUAUACAAGUAGGUUUCUUUUCAUUUUCAGUAGUAUCUCAUUACAAAGUGCUUUCAUUAAAUAUGAAAACCAUACAUUAAAUACGUUAUUUGCACAUCCUUCUUCAGUUAUCCUUUACAUUCUUCAUGAUUCUUUCAAUUCUGUUGUUAUUACAAUUGCUCUCGUUUUACAUUCCUGUUCUCUACAAUUCAAUCUUCCGCUGCCAGGCAUCCCACUUCAGAUUGCUGCUACAUAGUACUUAUAUCUGUCAGCAUAAGUUGCAUACGUCAUAUUAUAUAUAACUUUUCCCGAAAUUUUCACAUCAUUCUUCUUAUGAUUUUCUCUAUUUUAUUUCAUAACAAAGGGUUCAACUAGAAAUCAAACACCUAUUAAUCUUUUUAAUUCAAAGACUAUUUCACAGAGACUAAUUCUACUGUAUUGAAGUUUUUACUUCACUUACAUAAUAUGAUAAUCGACUGAGAUAUCUAUGAAACAACUAUUAACGUAAACUUUCACUUCUCAUAGUUAUUUUAGUUUAGUUGGUUUAUUAUUAUCAUUGCAAAAAUACUCGUUAAGUGAAUACAAUUUCUUAAACUGAAUUAGUUUACUCAUUAAUUACCUUCUACAAUACGUGAUUUUCUAAUUCCAUGAUAUAUGUAUUUUGCACACUAAUCAUAAUAAUGGAUUUAUAAUCCCGUUAUUUUAUUUAUUAUUAUUAUUCUAAUACAUAGUCAAACCUUCAACUGUUGAAAUAUUAUUAUUUUCUAGAGACCGCAAAUAAGUAGAUUUUUGUAAAUCAAGUUAAAGUAUUUUCUCUUUUUAUCCUAUAAGUUGCUUCAAAUCUGGGUCUCGUUAAUCUCUGUGAUCCAACAUUAACAGCUGCAGGAUAUCAGCAUGAUAUAUUUUUUAAGAAGAACCGUCCAAAUGCCCCAGCUCCACAUCCUUUACCUCUCAUAAGCACUGAUCAACCUAUUGUCGUAGCAUUUCCUGGCGGUUGUACAUAUGGUGAAGUUGCAGCUCUUAGAUUUGUUGCUAAACGGAGAAGAUGGAAUCUACUUAUUGCUACAUCGUGUAUUCUUACAUCACGAGACUUAUUACAGCAAGCUGGAAAAGCAGCAAUGAAUGUGAACUCUCUAUAGAUUUUAAAAUUUCCUGACAGACAUUCUAUUAAUUGUCUCUUCAAAUUUUUGAUGUCGGAAUCUCCACUCUCAGGUUCUUUAUGUUUGCCUAAACUUGAACAUUUUCAGUUUUAUUGUUAUUUGUUCUACUCAAAUAAGAAAUAUAUUUUUGUCCUAUAGGUUUCUUGUAUAAAAACUAAUUUUUUUUUGUUAAAUAUGCGAUUUUGUAUAAAACUAACGUUUUUCUACAAUAAAAGCUCACUCCUUUCUGUUAUCAGUGUUAUUCAAUGAAUGCAUUUUUAUUAUUUCUUUUUACAAUAUUUCCCAUACUAUUUUUGUUUGGUUUUUCAUAAAUAAUUUUUGCUUUUUAGUAAUUUUCAUUCUUUCAAUAAAUUAUAUUUUUCUGUAAUGC